UUAUCGCGUAUUUCUUGGAAAAUUGGUGCCGGUGCUGAAUUUCCAUUUUACAAGAAAUCCUAUGUCUACGACUCUGGUGCCACUUGUUUCUAUUUCUACUGACCGAUAUAUUUGGGCUUGCGCCUUUCAGAACACACUGCUUCAGGCUCGUCCUUAGUCGGUAUAGGAAAAACUUGGAUCUUUUCCGUGGAAAGAAAAAUGAAAACGAUUACUGGGUUAUUUGAAACUAAUGAGCCGCUCUAAUCGUGCUAAUUUAAAGUUGUAUAGAGGUUUCAAUUGGAACAAUGUACACCUGAACUGAUCGCAUAAUGAAUAUUAUGCGAAAAUUGAGGGGUGGGGUUUCCAAUGUGUCACCCACCCCUACAGGAAAUCUAGAUGAUACAGCCUCAUCAUCUCCACAUACUCAGUUAGGCCUGAUGCACUUAAAGAAGCUCUUUUCCGAAUACACACAUCCGAACCAUCCACUUUCCGAAAAAGAGAAAGAUGACAAACUUUAUAACAUGCUACCCUUAUUCUGCAAAGUUUUUGGUGCAAACCCUUCAUCAGAUAUGAAUGAAAAAUUUUGGGAUAUCCUGGCUUUCUGUCACCAGGUAUCCUUGUUGAUGGUGAAUGAAAUUAGGAAAAGAGCUUCAAAUCAAAGCACAGAAGCAGCUAGUUGUGCUAUUGCAAAAUUUUUGGAAAUUGAAAAUUGUGAAGAAUCAAGUAACGGAUGGAUGUUGUUAUCUACUUUGAAUUUGUUGGCGUCUGGAGAUACUACUCUUGUACAGGUUAUGUCUGAGGUAUCGGUACCCUCAACCUUGGUCAAAUGUUUGUAUCUGUUUUUUGAUCUACCAGAAAUGGAUGAAAAGGAAGCCAACACAAAGGAGACGAAUAGUGAUUUCACUCCUAGAGAAAGGAGGAUAUUACUCCAAAAGAUUUUUGUCCAGCUGUUAGUUAGGUUAUGUAGCCAUAGAAUACCUGCAGAAGAAUUAGCUAGAAAAGACGAUUUAACUUUAUUAUUUUCUGCAAUCACAUCUUGGUGUCCAUCUUAUAAUAUGAUGUGGAGAAAAAGUGCAGCAGAAGUCCUCAUGACUCUAUCUCGUCAUGGUCUUACUCCUCCAGUCGUUGGAUAUAUUCACUCAAAGGGCUGUGUGGCAUUAUGUAUCGACAAUAUGAAACGUGUACCUGAGUUAGCCCCAUUAGAAAUUGUCGAAAUGUUUGUUACCAUCUUCUGUUUCCUGAAGGAUUCUUGCGAUGUUUCAUCAGUGUUAUUGGAUGAUUUUCGGCAAGCACAAGGAUAUCCAUUCCUUUCUGAUUUUCUUCUGAAGUUGGAAAAUGAAAAGUUGCAAGAAGCAACAGAAUCUAUAAGAAACUUGGUUUUGAUGGUAACGUCACUCUGUAUGUGUGGUUAUAUUGAGUUGAAACCAUCUCAGGCUUCGACGGGUUCCUUAUUUCAAAUGCAGGGUUUUGUGUUACCUCAACCUUCUGGACAGGGGGCCAGUGUUAGAAAUAUUCAAGCUUUUCAUGUUCUUCAAAGCACCUUUAUCAGAUCGAGUUCGAUCGUAGCUCUAUCCACCAUCUUAGAUGCCAUAUCCAGUAUUUAUCACUCAGACAACGCAAAUUACUUCAUACUAGAAAACCAAAAUACUCUCAGUCAAUUCACCGAAAAAAUCCACAGCAAACCGACAGAAAUACAGGAGAAAUUGUUCAAAAUGAUCGAGUUCCUGGUGUUCAAUUUAAACUUUGUACCCUGUAAAGAGCUCAUCUCGAUGUCGAUCUUCCUGAAAACCCACAGUAUUAACCAUCCCGAAUGCAGUAUAUUGUGUCUUCAGACCCUCUUGAACAUUUUGAAAUAUAACGUCAUGUUCAAGGAUGUAUACAGGGAGGUCGGCAUGUUGGAGGUGUUUGUGACUUGCUUGAGGAGGUACGCAAACUUUUUAGAUGAGAAGAAGACGGCAAGAGAGAAUAAAGCAGAGUAUGAUAUUCCGAGGGAGCAGGAAAAAUUGGGAAACUUGGUGGUGGAGGCCUUGACCUCACUUUUGAGCGGGAACUCCUCCAAUGCGACUGUUUUAAGGGAAUGUGGUGGUUCGAAAAUUGUUCACAGUUUGGUCCAGUAUCCGGAGUGUAAAUAUCAGGCUCUAGGAAUCAUAAAGGAACUAGUUUUAACCACAGGCGGUGAAGAGGAUAUGACUCAGAUCCUUCAAACCCUCCAAUCGGCUCCUUCCAGUGCCAUACAAUUGAAGACAGACAUUCUCGAAGCACUUAGGUUAUGUCUGAAAGAAUCUCACCGUACCCGAACAGUUUUCAGAAAGGUUGACGGUUUCAUAUACGUAUCACAAGUUCUACUCACCCUAAAAGGAAAGUUCACCAAGAACGAAGAGUACAAACAGGAGUACCUCCAUCUUCUGUACCUGAUAUUCCAAACAAUGAAUAUUGCGAUGAGGUUCGAACCAGCAAACGCAAAAUUUUUUCACGACGAACUGUGCAGAUCCUGCCUGUGCGACCUGCUGAGGUGCCUGGGUUGCUUCUCAACGACCAAUGUGGCCAGCGUUAGAGAAGUGACCAUGCAGCUUACCUCUUUGGCUUCCCAGGAUAGAUUCUACAAUAUUUUUAUCGGCAGUGUAGUACAUCCAAAUAUUCCGGAAGACAUUCCAGCUCAUCUGUUUUAUUCUACGAUCAUCUACAGGCUUCUUUACGAUCUUGCUUUGGACCUGUAUGAUAAACCCAACUCCGGGGUGCUUAGUAUUAAAUCGCCUUCUUUAUCGAGACAAUCUUCAUGCGAACCUCAAGCUAACAACAGCAAUAUCAAUAAGAGGAGUAACAUAUCAUCUUUGAACUUGAAUCCUCCAGUGCCUGAUCCUAUUAUUGUUCAUCCAGGUGUGGUUGUUGUAAUGCUGCAUCUGUUGCCCUGUAUUGAGGACGAAGAAACCGAGAUUGGCCUGAGCCUGCAACUCCUCCUAGCAGAAAUCAUAAAAUCUCUAGUCAGAAGCGAAAAGAACCAGCAGGUCAUGUGCGAUAAGGGACUGGUCAGCCAGAUAAUAUCCCUGGCCGCGGUGGCCCUGCAGGACGAGAACCACCCCCUUCACGCCCCCAUCCAGUACAUCCUGGAGCGGCUGGCCGCCCAGGCGAUGGAACCGAUCAACCUGAGGCAGUUCCUUAGGCUGGGCAACCCGCUGAACUGCCUGCCAUUGGAGCAGAGGGAGGUGGUGGGCGGUCCCGUUCCCUUGACGCGCAUUAAAACGUUGGUUUCCAUGACGACUCCGAAGGACUUCAGGGCGCAGUCGUCGUACUCCCUACCGCCGUUCGUGGAGUUUGACAUGUCCGCAGAGGGGUUUGGCUGUCUCUAUUUACCCAGCAUUGCGCCCCAGUCACCAGCGGCGUCCAGCGUCGUUUCCAACGCCGAUACCACGGUUUUGGGAGGGAUAGGAGCAGGUGACAGGAUUUUUCCACCUCAAACUGGUCUAAGCUAUUCUACUUGGAUAUGCGUGGACAAAUUCUCCGAUUCGAGGACAGACGCCCAUUGUGUUCGUCUGUUAACACUUGUAAGAACGUUCAACGGUACCAGGGAUGAUCACUUGGUUUGCCUGUCGAUAGUCCUAUCGGCUAGAGAUAAAGCAAUAAUCGUUUCGACUAGAGAGACUCACAUACCUAGUGGACAGGUUGGCGAAUGGGAACCUGAAGGAUCUGGCGAAAAUGGGGCCCGCGUUUGGUGCCCCGACAUACUCCAGGAGGGACAGUGGCAUCACAUCGUCGUCGUCUUAAACAGGGCAGUCCUGAAAAAUUCUUCCUUCUCCUUAUACCUGGAUGGACACCAACUUCACUCCCAAAAGAUGCAUUACAUCUCCCAAGUUCCCGGAGGGGGUUCUUCCAACUUAUCGGUUCCUUCAUCGGUCUAUGGUUAUAUCGGAACCCCACCGGCAUGGAGGAAGUACUCGAAGUUGUGUUGGAAACAAGGACCCUGUCACCUGUUCGAAGAAGUAUUAACACCCAUGACCGUAACUCAGAUGUACCAGCUGGGUCCCCACUACAUGGGAUCCUUCCUGGCUCCUAACCUCAACAACACCGACAACGUCCAGUUGGUGUCCGAGGAGAAGGUGACCUUCGGUUUGAACGCCAAGGCGGUAUCCUCCCUGACCUUGAACAAGAUAAGGAAAGUGUACAGUCGCACCGACAACAAGUCGAUAGCCAAGCAGCUGGGGAUGUCGAGCCACGAAAGCGCGACACCUAUACGCAUCCUGCACAACUCUGCGGGACAUCUGGGCGGGUCGGCGCGCACUUUAGGGGGCGUGGUCAUUGGAUAUUUGGGCGUGAGGGUGUUCUGUCCACGCCCCGUUGCAGUUACAAUUGACGCUGUUGGCGGUUGCGCAGUCCUCCUCGGCUUGAUAGCUAUGGCUCAAGAUAUAGAAAGUUUGUAUGCCGGUGUGAAGGCUUUGGUUUGCGUUGUGAGAAGUAACAAGGUGGCCCAGAAUGAGAUGGAUAGAAAGAGAGGGUAUCAAACUUUGGCCAUGCUGUUGAGGAGGAAAAGAACCCUGCUCAAUUCGCACAUACUGCACUUGACUUUCAGUCUGGUGGGCACUAUAGAUAGUGGCAGGGAAUCUUCGGCUAUUCCCAACAGGACAGCUUUUCAGGAUCUCUUGUGUGACCUGGAGGUGUGGCACGAAGCACCCGGAGAACUCCUAAAGUCCCACCUGGAACACCUAUACGAGCUGGCGGCAGAAUCGAGCGAGAAAAGAACCAAUGUCUGGAUAAUGCGAGACCUGAACCUGGUGGAGAAGCUCCUCCACAUCAUACCAGAGAUCCAGCACCCUCCCACCAAGCAGAUACUCUUCUCCCUGCUCUCCGUACUCCUGGGUGGCCAACCGAGACAGAACGACCUGCUCAUCUUCGGCCAGUUCCUGUGCUCCACCAUACCGCCCUCUUCGACUCCUGGAGAGAAGGGGGUGCUCAUCAAGGAACAGGAUAACCUGCCUGAGGCGGAGGCCAUCGCGUUGAGAAACCGCUGUCUGAGCCUGUUGCAUUCCAUGAUCUUUGCGCAGAGGAACGCUGUAAGCGAGGAGAUUAGCAAGACCCUGGGCUUCGAUUGGAUCCUGCUGUUCAUGCAGCCCCAUCUGCAUUCUUCGACCGUUGUGUGGGGCUUGAGGAUCCUGGUUGCGAUGUGCGCCAAUCCGACUUUGAUGCAUAGGUUCCGAGAGGGCAGCUGCAACGGCGGCUGGCUCAGGAACAUCGAGCAGAUAACCAACAACAAGAUGGCGCUGAUACUGGGCGUGCACCAGGUGGCCAGCUACGGCAACGAUCCCAAAUCGGAGGGACUCCACGUUCCCGGUUUCCGGUACCUCGACUGGCUCCUACCCGACCACCUGGAGGUGCCUGAGGUGUACUUCCUGCUGACCGCGCUUAUGAUGGGUCAGCCGACCAAAAUCCUGCCGGCCGAGAAGAAGUUCGACUUGGACACGGUGUGGGCGUUCCUGUGGGGCUCCACGUUGAACAAUCAGCCGAUAAGCACGGUGGCGCCUAGGGUUAAUCUGUGCCAGGAGGCCGUUGUGGUGCUGUUGAGCAUGGCGAGGCACAUCGUGCACAGCGAUGUUAACAGUUUGCCGGAGUGGCUGCAGAACCACACGAUAUCAAUUAUUCAGGUGCUUUUCCAACUAUACCACAACAUGCCCGAGGUGAUGCCGGUCUUCAUGUCGUCCGAGGUCCUAGGAGCCUUGGCGGCCGUCCUGUUCCCCCUCCCCUCGUCCUUCUUCGACAGUUCCGAAGACAGCGGAUCUUCUACCCCCGCGGGCGAAGAGAUCGACGGUAUCGUGGUGGUUCCCAAGACGCCCGUCGAAGAAGAGGUCCUCACGACCCACCCGGCCAAACAGUUCAUUAUGGACUUUAUAAGGGUGAUAGUGGUGGACUCGUUAAGCCUGGCCAACACGGGAAAGACCUCGCCCGUCAUAGAUCUGGCCUUGGACGCCUUCCCCGAGCAUUCGACGCCCUACCAGCAGACCUGCUACCAAACACAGGUGUUGGUAAUACUGAUGGACCACCUCCUGGCCGCCGAUAUGCUGGUAGGUGACCAAGCGGCCAUACCUAUAGUACCUUUACCCAACGCUCACAUCCAGCACAUAGCGCCCAACGUUUUCUACCUGACGGCCAGGAUAGUGGACAAACUGUGGAUGGGCGCCCUUCAGAAAGACCCACACGACGUGUUCGACUUCAUCGUCAAGCUCAUAGGUCAGGCCAAGAGGAGGACGGGGAAUUUGUCGCUGGAAUGUUUGUACCACUGCCUGAACAGGUGCGUGCUGUUCCUGCUUUCAAGGUCGACCGAUACGGUGGCCGAUCAGAUGUCUGUGUUGGAGGCGUUGCACAAGCUGACGAACAACAGACUGAUCAUAUUCGGAGCAGGCAACCACGAGCCCGACUUCAUAGGCUGCCUAACCUACUGCCUCCUGCAACUGACGGCCGACAUGCGCGUCAUGCUCGAAUCCAACGUGAAGACCACGUGGCACGUCAACCCGAGCAGCGACCUCGAGACCAGAGACGAGUGCCUGACCGCCCACCAGGGGCGUAACCUCAUGGCCGGCGCCGCCCUACGCGUGUGGGAGGAGCUGUACGUGUGCAAGAAGCCGGCUAUAGAGGAGGUGUUCAAGGUCACCCUGGCUACGCCGGCGCCCAAUCAGAAGGCGCCCGACCUGAGCGUGGUCAGGGACCAGGUUUUCGAGUCGUCCUCGAAGCUGUGGAUCAACUACGUGGAGCUGGAGAGGAAGGCCACCUACAGGGUGCCUUGGGAACUGCACAACCAGAUCCAGUCGAAGAUACACAAGGUGACUGGCGGUCUGACCCGAUUGGCCAGCAGGACCAAGGUCAGGAAGGAGGAGACUCUGAGGGUCAAGGUUAGGAUGGGCAAGAAACAGGCGUUGCAGUGGAUGAUCAACCAUGUGGUGCUCAUGAGAGAACUGAUUGAAACAAGGAGACAGCAGCAUCAGAACACAACACAGCACACUCAAAGAUACGUGCACCAGGAAUGGCUGCAAACAGAAAACGAGCUCACUAGAGAGAGGGGACUUUGGGGCCCCCUACAACCCUGCCACCUGGACAAAUGGAUGCUGGACAUGACCGAAGGUCCAAAUCGUAUGAGGAAGAAGACCAUGAAGAACGAUCUCUUCUAUUCGCAUUAUCCCUACAGGCCCGAACAUGACAAAGGCGCUCUAAAGUAUAAAGUUGCGACAAGUUACCACAGUAAAGAGUACUACUACGCAGAUCAGGCGCACCAACAGUACAGUAUAUCGGGUCUAACGGAACCUGAAAGGUCUGAUAGCGUUAUAGAGGAGCCUUCACCAUCUCCAUUACCUUUAGCCACCCUUCCACCUUUAACCAGACUGAAAUCGGAUCCGGAAGAAGCUCAGGAUGAUAACGAUACAGAAGAGGAGCUGUCAUCGAUUGCACCGGACAACCAAACGUUGAUGAGACUGUUAACGGAUAACGAGAAGAUAACCUAUAUGUUCAGAUGUGCCAGGAUCCAGGGUUUGGACACAACGGAAGGACUGUUGCUCUUUGGUCAGGAGCAUUGUUACGUUGUAGAUGGAUUUACGUUGUUGAAGAAUAGGGAGAUUAGGGAUAUAGAAAGUGUGUCUAACAAUGGAAAUGAAUACGAACCAAUUCUACCCAAUCCUGGAUCCCCUAGAAGAUCUAGGGCUAUGAGACAGUGUUCGAGGUUUUCAUAUGACGAUAUCAGAGAGGUCCACAAGAGGCGAUACCUCCUUCAGCCGAUGGCCUUGGAGGUCUUCUCAGGAGAUGGUAGGAACUACUUACUGGCUUUUCCAAGAAAAGCCCGAAAUAAGGUGUAUCAGAGGUUCAUGGCAUCUGCCACAGGAUUGUCCGAUAGUGCACAACAGUCGGUUGCUGGUCAAAAGAGAACGGCCAAUGUGGAACAAGCUACAGGGUUGCUCAGCAAUUUGAUUGGAGAGACAACUGUAACGCAAAGAUGGGUGAGGGGAGAAAUCUCGAAUUUCCAGUAUCUGAUGUACUUAAACACCUUGGCCGGUCGAUCUUACAAUGAUCUCAUGCAGUAUCCCGUCUUCCCUUGGAUCCUUGCAGAUUACGAUACGGAAGAAUUGGAUCUGAACCAUCCCUCGACGUUCAGAGACUUCACAAAACCCAUGGGGGCCCAGAGCUCAGUGAGACUGGAGCAAUUCAAGAAGAGGUUCAAGGAAUGGGACGACCCACACGGUGAAACUCCGCCCUACCAUUACGGCACCCACUAUUCGAGCGCCAUGAUAGUCUGCUCUUACCUUGUCAGGAUCGAACCCUUCACCCAACACUUCUUGAAGCUACAAGGAGGCCACUUCGAUCUGGCCGAUAGGAUGUUCCACUCGAUCAAGGAAGCUUGGUGUUCAGCGUCCAAACACAAUAUGGCCGACGUUAAAGAGCUAAUACCGGAGUUCUUCUACCUACCCGAAUUUCUGGAGAACAGCAAUCAGUUCGAUCUAGGUGUGAAGCAGAAUGGGGUGGCUCUAGGAGACGUGGUACUACCUCCGUGGGCCAAACAGGACACUAGGGAGUUCAUAAGGGUGCAUAGGCUCGCCUUGGAGUGCGACUACGUGUCCCAGAACCUACACCACUGGAUCGACCUCAUCUUCGGCUACAAACAACAAGGCCAACCGGCUAUAGACGCUGUCAACGUAUUUCAUCAUCUUUUUUACGAAGGAAACGUUGAUAUUUACAAUAUCGACGAUCCGCUGAAGAAGAACGCCACAAUUGGUUUUAUCAACAACUUUGGACAGAUUCCGAAACAGCUGUUCAAAAAACCACAUCCUUGCAAGAAGAUGGGUAACAACGGCAACAACAGGAGCUCGGUGAUCGAUACCAGUUCGUUGGUUCAAGCCUUCAGCAUUCCACAACCCGAAAAGCUGUUCUUCCACCAUUUGGACAACCUGAGGCCAUCUCUUCAAGCGAUUAAAGAGGUGAAAAGUCCAGUGGGUCAGAUCUUGCACGUAGACAAGGCAGUUUUGGCGGUGGAACAGAACAAGGUCCUCAUACCGCCCACCUACAACAAAUACGUGGCUUGGGGCUUCGCCGAUCACUCUUUGAGGAUUGGUAAUUACGAAAGUGACAAGGCGGUGUUUGUGUGCGAAAGUGCCAUCCAGAACAACGGGGAGAUCUUGGCUUGUGUCGCUCCCUCUCCUAAAUUGAUCGUGACUGCCGGAACUAGUACUGUCAUAACCAUCUGGGAGUACGAGGCCAGGAAGAAGUCCAUAAGCAUAAAGCACAACCUGUACGGCCACACCGACGCGGUGACCUGUCUGGCCGCAAGUCCCGCCUACAACGUCAUCAUAUCCGGAUCCAGAGACUGCACCGCCAUCGUGUGGGACCUGUCGAGGGGCGUGUUCGUGCGACAGCUGAGGGGUCACGCCGGUCCGAUAGCAGCGGUGGCCGUGAACGACCUCACCGGCGACAUAGCCACCUGCGCAGCCACCUGGUUGCACGUGUGGAGCAUCAACGGCGACGAGGUGGCCAGCGUGAACACCUGCGUGGGACGGGCCGAUAGGAUGCAGCAAAUCCUGUGCGUGGCCUUCUCCCAGACCCACGAGUGGGAUCCGUUGAACGUCAUCAUGACCGGGUCGACGGACGGGGUGACCAGGAUGUGGUGCAUCGACUACGUCCAAGUGCCAAACGAGGAAUCGAACCAGCUCUUCAAGGAGCCCUUGAGGGAGGCGAAAUCCAUAGACAACAAACCUAAACCGAUAAACCACAAGCUGGUGAAACAGAUAAAUGUAUCGAACGAGAGCUCGGGAGGUAGCCUGAUGAAGUCGGGCUCGGAGAGCAGUCUGUCUGAAGACAGCAACUCGCGGAGGAUCCCGAAGAUAGUGGGGGAGGAUCAAGAGGAGGAGGAGGAGAAGAAAAGCACGAAGGAGUGGCGAAACGAACAGCAGAACGAGAAGGACACGUGUAGUGACACGGAGGAGGCGUGUUCUGUAGCCCCGCCCGUACCUGUUAGGAGGAGGCGUUCCAGGAUACACGGUGGCCUGCGUAAGAGUGAAGGUGGCAACAGUGCGGACAGCAACAGUUUGGAGGUUGAUGAAGGUUCCGGAAUAAGAACCAGCAAGUCAGAUACAAGUUUGACAGAUUCCUUCGUUAUGGUACCGGAGACAAAGAAGAGAGCCAUCAAUCCUCUGAACCUUUUACGACCAGGACACAAAUGGCAGAGACAGCUAGUAUUCAGGAGCAAAUUAACAAUGCAUACAGCUUACGAUAGGAAGGACAACAUGGAACCAGCUUCAAUAACAGCCUUGGCAGUAUCAAAGGAUCACAGGACAGUAUACGUGGGCGAUACUAGGGGGCGUGUCUUCUCCUGGAGCGUCACAGAGCAGCCAGGCAGAGGCGCGGCCGACCAUUGGCUGAAGGACGAAGGGGCGGAUUUCUGCGCCAAUUGCAGCAUCCGAUUCACGAUGUACGAAAGGAAACACCAUUGCAGAAAUUGCGGGCAGGUUUUCUGUUCCAAAUGCAGUCGAUUCGAGAGCGAAAUAUCCAGAUUGAGGAUCUUGAAGCCUGUCAGGGUAUGUCAGAAUUGUUACGCGACUCUCAAGCAAGCAGGUUGAGGGAAAGCAGAAAAAAAAUCAGAUACGUAUUUAGGAUGAAAUAAAACCAUUUUGUAUGUAGUUUUGAAGUGGUUACGAUAUUUAUGCGUGAAUGUGAGAUAUCCCAUACUUUCCGAUGAAUUUCAUUUGUAUAGUAUUGAAUUAUUAUAGAUUAUAUUUUCCUAUAUAUGUAUAGGUACUAUAGAGGAGUAUGAACCGUACUGAGUCACUUGGUAGUGUUUAUUCGUUAUAUACCUAAAGUUUUUAUUGUGAUAUUCAAUUUUAUCUCAUCAUUUUAUUAAUUUUAUAAUCGUGUCUGGAAAGAUCCGUGUUGCUACAACUGAAAGCACAAAAUUAAUUUUUUUAUAAAAAUCAUUUCAUUUUACCACAUUAUUCUUAUAAGAACAAAUCUGAAUAAUGUUAAUAUACGUAAUCUUAUUUGCAUUAAUUUAUUCUGUAUAGUUUUUGUGGAAUUUAAUAACAAAUAACAUUAUUAUUCUAUAUUUUAUAUUGAAUUGCACCAAAUCAUUUUCAACUUAAUUACUCAGCUCUUGUUUUUACCACAGAAAAUUAAACCAUUGUGAUAUAUUAUUUAUGAUAUUGUUUUUAUUGUAAUUGUUUUUUUAUAUAGUAAUAUAUUGUAUCGAUUAUUUUUCAAUUUUCUUAGAUAUUUCAAUAUACUUUUUGAAAAAUGACUUUUUGUUUUCAUUCAUUUUAUUCGUAAUUGUUCGGAGUAAUAGUAGAAAAUUUUAUUUUCAUCUCAGAUGUGACAUUUUUUGAUUUAUAUAGCAAUUUUACUUGGACAAUUUUGAAGAACAUAUAAACAAUACUGAAGUCUGUAGACAAUAUUUAAACAUGUACAUUCCAAACCACUAUUGAUAUAUUUUAUAAAUGUGAUAUAGACUCCUUUAGUGUAGACAUUGUAAAUAAAUGUUAAAUAACCCUGAA